AUGUUCUCCUUCAGCUAUAUGUUUCACGGAGGCACCAAUUUCGGUUUCUGGAAUGGUGGCCGCAGUGGCUCUGACGCGGCCAUUACCACAAGCUACGACUAUGACGCACCUAUCUCCGAAGCAGGCGAUGUGACGACAAAAUACAUGAUGCUUCGAGACUUACUUUUUAAGGUUUUUUUUCCUGCACACCCGUUUAUCUACCUUGUAUUUUUUGCCACCUGAUAUGCACAAGCGGUGGAUCUAGGGUCCCCCCCUUUUUCGAGCCUUUUUGGUUUCUCUGUCAAUGCAGUGAUUACCGACAAGCAUCAGUGAGCACGUUAAUUGGUUUCCUCAUUAUUUUUCCACGUAGCUACGAAAAGAAACGCCGCCCCCACUACCGUCGAAUAUAACGAAAAAGGCCUAUGGGACUGUUCCGGUCAGACCAGUAAGUUCAGGGGUGUUUUUUGAAUUCUUUCUGUUUUUUCUUUAUACAGCCGGCACUGUCUUCUAAGAGCCUGCUAAUACUUAUCAUGGGUGCUCUUUUCUGA